AUGGCAACAGGAGUUAGCCACGAUCUCACUACUCAAUCUUCUCCAGAAAAGCUCUUACGUAUUGGCACAGGCUGCUGUGGAAGUGUCUGGGCUGACGCAGGCUCGACAAAAGACACCGGCACUCCCUCCUGCAUCAAAAGAGAAGAUGGAGAUCCGCACAGAUCCAUUGCAAACGAACACUUCAUACAUCAGCUUGUUGUUCAAUCUCUUCAGCUAAAUCCACAACAUGCAAGAAACUUCCGAAUACCUCUCUGCCGUGGAUUCCUCAACGAGGAUGAUGAGGGCUGGUCUUUGGUCCUCCCUCGACUUCCACCAGGCUCGAAGCCUUGUAACGCAUUACUCAGCGAAAAGGUUCAGCCACUAUCUGAAGACGUUAGAAAGCUGUUGGUCUCUAAGUUUGCAAGAGGAGGAAGUGAUCAGGAUGCUAUAAUAAACGACAAAAAGAACGAGCACUGCCUCAUCCGCCCAUAUCUUGGUCGCAGGAAGAAGGACUGGGAAAAUACGAAUCGCAGCACUUUCUUCAGUCUAAGGAACUUCCCACUUAAUCUAGACCGAAUGAUAGAGCUGGGUCUCGAUGUGCAAAGUUAUGUCAAGGUCAUGGCUGAAGGCCUUGCAUUUCUUCAUUGGGUUGCACGUAUCGAUGCCAACGACGUUGAAUUCGUGCUUGCUCGUUCACGCUCGACUUCAAACUUACAUCCAUAUAGUCCAUUCGAUACAGCGAUCUUUGGGCCUCACUCAAUGUGGAUUAUAGACUUUGAUUGCUGCAAUCCUGUCACAAUGGAUGAAAAUGGUGCUGCAGCCGCUGCUGAGUGUUUUUGGCGAAAUGAUCCGUAUUAUCCUCGACCUGGGUCUACGGACACUUCUGAUCAGGAGCUUUGGUGUGCUUUCAAGGAUCAUUACCUAGAGAAACGACUGCAACUCCCAAUGUUCGCUACAUAUCUCGAAAAGCUCGCCAAUGCUGGCGGACCCGAGGUCACCUACGAGGCAGGCUGUCACUGUGGUUAUAUCGGCCUCUCAGUAGCACUCUCUCCUCCUCUGCCCAAGCAUGAGGUCAUAAACUGCAAUUGUUCCAUUUGCCGUCGAGGAGGUUACCUUCUUGUUUACCCCGCGUAUGAGAAAGUGACCUGGCACAACGACUCAGAUAAGCGUGUCUCACGAUAUCAAUUCAACACCAAGGCUCGCGAUCACAUGUUCUGCCCCAAAUGCGGUGCCAGCAUCGGCAUCGACUUUGCGAGGGUAUGGCCUGAGGCUCCUCGCUAUGGCAUCAGUGUGCGACAAUUCAACAACAUCGAUCUUGACUCUCUUCAAUACAUCAAGCUCGAUGGCUUACAUACCGCUGAGCCAGGAGUUGACUUGUCGGGUAAAGAAAUUGAUCCAAAGGCCAAUGAAGCCCCUGGUUAUAGUUCUUAA